GUGUUCCGGCGCGACGUUCAGCGCGAUGGCGGCGUGCGGCGUUUGACGUGACCGACGUGCCGGGGCAGAGGAGCGGCAAAACACAGUCCGAAAAUAUACAUACUACGCGACGGCAAUGGCGGACGAGGAGCUACCAGCGGGAUGGGAGAAACGUCUCAGCAGAUCGACCGGUCAGCACUAUUAUUUAAAUAUUUAUACCAAGGAAAGUCAGUGGGAUAGGCCAGAUAAACCUGCGGAUCCAUCAGGCAAGGCGGACGGACCUGAGGAAGUGCAAUGCUCUCAUCUACUUGUGAAGCAUUCGGGAUCACGACGACCUUCUUCCUGGCGAGAGGAGAAAAUUACUAGGUCAAAAGAAGACGCUCUUGAGUUGGUUAAAUCUUAUAGAGAACAAAUCGAGUCUGGUAAAGCGACGUUCGCUGAACUCGCCUCCAAGUACAGCGAUUGCAGUUCGGCAAAGCGCGGCGGUGACCUCGGACCUUUCAAUCGGGGCGCGAUGCAGAAGCCCUUCGAGCAGGCGGCGUUCGCGCUGAAGGUGGGCGAGCUGUCAUCACCUGUGCAUACAGAUAGCGGAAUUCACAUCAUCCAACGGACUGCAUAAGCCAGUUCAGCCUGAAACGAAUUGCCGAUACUUUGCGAGAAAUUUUUUUUCUCUCGUACCAUCUCUUUCUGUCUCUCUCUCUCUCUCUCUCUCUCACUGUCUUUUAAUCUUACCGUUUAUAAAUUUAUGCCAAUGGCGUUCUCCCAACAUUCUAUAUACUGGCUGUUGCGGUUCUUAUUUAGGUUAGAACUUAUAUUUAUUUGAAUUCACCAUGUCAAAAGACAUUUCUUUAGACGUAUUUUUAUCUUUAGUGUUUUUUUCCUAUAGUCUGAAUAAUUCCGCUUUGCAAUAAGAAAUGCAAUAACAUUAAAUUAAUGAUGCAAUCGAGAAAAUUUUUAGGCAUCACUUUUAUCAUUUUAAAAACAGAAUUGCAUCUUAUAUUAUAUCAUAUGAGAGCGCUGAACAUCACCUUCGAUAUUAGAAAACAUAAUAUUUUAGUGAAUGUUCCUUGAACGAAUAUCGUUCAAUCUUAUUGCAGCACGUAGCAAUUGUAUAAUACGUUAAAUGUCUUCCUCGACUUGAUGGAAAUUAAAAUACCGGCUACAUGAUAAGAUACUACUGCUCAACAAUUCUGUUUGUCGUUGUAAUUGGGGCGAAAUUAUGCGAAAUAUUUGAAAAAUGCCAAUGUACAAUAUGUUUUUACUGAUCGAAUCAUUAUAUUGUAACAUUGACAUGUUCUCAAUAUUGCAUAUUGAUUAGCAAAAUUUUUUACCUAAUAAUAGAGUUUUAUAGUCUUUUACAUUAACUUGUAUUCAAGCAAAUGAUAAAGAUUGAUUUGACUACAAUAGAACUGAUCUAUAAAAUAUUUUAUUUCAUGACUGGAGAAAAAUUGUGAUUUGGCUAAAAGUAAAUUUCGUUUUUGUGCAAACUUUUUAAAUGCAAUGGACAAAACAGUACCAAUAUUAUAUUAAAAUAUUUGUUGUAUUUAUAUUUAAAAUAGAUUGUGCGAACUGUGAAACGUGAUAAGUUUAUUAGUUGCUUUUUGUCUCACUUUUUUGUAUCACAAUUCUUUACGCAUUUAUAAUAUGAUACGUACUUCAACAUUUCAAUAAGCAUUUUUAUUGCUUUGCCUCGCUUAGGGAAUCGUAGAUACGCACGUAUUUUAUAUAAUGUUGGGGGAAGAAAAAUCACGAGAGUGGUUGAAAGUAUCGCGAAUUGAAAGAAUUGUAAAUCAUAAUUUCCGAAAAACACUUCCAGUCCAACAUUAAUAUGAGUUUGUCGUCGUUUGCGUAGUAUUGCGGGAUCAAGUGCCCGCCUACUUCAAAUAAAUCAAUUACACGACACGAGGAUAGUAAGUUAAAUUAAAUUAAAAGAGAUAUUUUCAACUGUUUCAGCUGCACAUAUGUUUCCACAUUCUGAAAGACGUAGAGAUCUUUUGGAGAAAUAGUUAAUUUUGAAGAUUGCCAAUUCAUAUGUAACCCUGUUACAUGUAACUUAUAAUGUAUUACGAUUGAGCGUAUUUUACGUCCGUAACGUAAAAUAUGCGAGACUAGCACAAAAUAUGAAUCGAAAAUCAUGUUCAACUGUCUUGCAUGAAGUACGAAUUAAUAUAUAUUACGUGUGAAUACAUUACCAUUAAGAUCUCACAAGAUGAUUUGUACUUGAGUGAACAUUAAACGUACAUGUAGCAGAGGAAUGACGUAUAUGUGUUAAACUCUCACUCCAGCAAGACUUUGAUUGUAACUUUUGAGAUUUGCUUGUAAUUUAACGCGCUAGUAGUAGCUAGAUUUAUUCCAAUGACUUGUUUUAUCAUUAAUUUUUCCACUACUAUUUUUAAAACGGACCAUGGUAUUGUUUAACCGAAUUGUAUAUAAAGAAUAUAUUUGCAUCUUACUUACGGGACGUAGAAUUUAUGAUAAGAUUUUGUGUGUUCAAUUAAAACUGCUGAAAUAUUUCCAAAUAGAUUGGAUUAUGGGAUAUUAAUUCUGAAAGGACCGACCGUAUUUAUAUAUGCUAUACAUAUAUAUGUAUACCAUAGCGACUUAUUUAGAUAGAAUUGCAAUUUAUACGAUACAAAAGUUUCCUUUAAUUUGUUUACUUCUAUUUUUUUACGUCUGUUGGACAAGGGAUCAUAAAAUGCAAAAAUUCUGUGCGAAAACAAAGUACGAUUGAAUGUAACGAAAGAGCGGUCUUUUGACGUUUUGUUAGCGAAAUUUUAAAGUUAUUCUGGCUCUUUUAGCGUUAAAGUGGAACCGAGGAGUUUAAAUGGAAAUGCAGCAGAAUUAAAGAUUCGAAUUAAAAUCAGUCGCGAUGUUUAUCGCAAGAUCGACAAACAUGCGCGACUACUAUUGAUGACUCACGACUAGGCUUAAUCAAAUCAUUCGUGUUUUCUUGUAGGAAACAAAUAUGUUACCGUUGAUGUUAAUUGAAAUGUCAUUUAACGAUUCAAGCAUAAUAACGUCACUGACGUGCGAGUAAUUAUAAUUACUAUCAUUAAUCAUUAAUCACUGUCUAAUUACACGUCUUUUAAUUUUAUUGUAGGUAUAUGAAUUGUGAUUUGAAUGAUGAAAAAAGACGGUCAUCUCAAAUAAAAUGAUAUUUAAACAGUUAAUCACUGUAA